UUCAACUCGGAUGUAUUUAUUGGUUACACAUUGGGAACAGCUGGGAAUAGCUAACAACUGACUACAGCCAACUGACUGGCUAACUCAACGGUAAUCUCGUCAAAUAACUUUUUGCCACUCUUAAUAUUUCCACGUAUACAAAGACUCUGACUUUACUGUCAGGUAUCUUUUCCUAAAUAUCUCAGGUUGAUUUAAAAACAAUCAGCAUGGAGCCUGCCUGCCGUAAAGACAAGCCAAAGCUGAACUCUACCCCGACCAGAGGAGAUAGAGCCAAGCAGAAAUCUGCACAGCAAGAGCUCAAACAGAGACAGAGAGCAGAGAUAUACGCUUUGAACAAGGUGAUGACAGAAUUGGAACAGCAGCAGUUUGAGGCCUUUUGUAAACAGAUGCAGUCACAGGGAGAAUGAGGGUCCUGCCUGUUCUGCCUUCCUCUUUCAUCUGGACCGGGACCUGUCAACUUCCAAAAAUACCAUGUACACACACUUGUAUUUACACACAGAUAUUUGGAUAGAGUUGUGGUGCUGUUUUAUUACCCAAGAAGACUUUAAGUAAGUACUUGUUUUCUGAUGUUGAAUCAGACAGUCUUUGCCCCUGAUGUUUUAGUGACUGGAGUUCUUGACUCAAACACUGAGAAUAAGAGGCAGUGUUGAAUAUUUCCUGCAGACACAUCAGGUCGCUAACAUUUCCUUUUCUUGAAUAUUAGCCUUUGUAACAUCAAAGUAUGGUUAAAUCUGGCUUGCGUGGUGUUGUUUCAGUAGUGUCCAAAUUUACAUUUGCACAUUUCAAGAUGCCCAGGUCAAAUGCACAUUUUGACUUUACAUGAACUCACUCAAGGCACCACAGUGUUAAUAACUGAAGAAUGGGCUAGUUAAGAGCACACUUUUUAAAUCACUAAGCUAGGCAGCUUCCCUCUGUAGAUCUGAUUGAAGCUGUAGUAAGUGGUUUUGACUGGCUAGCAGACCGAAAGUGAAAGUGGCUUACAUUUUGUCAUAUUUCAAUGUUACUUACCUCUUGAGUGCGUACAUUAUGAGCAUCCCACUCAAGUCCUUCUAGUCAUCCAUCUGAAUGGGUUCAGUAGUCAUUUGCCUCUGGCUGUGGAUUGGGUCAGAAUCUCCUCAGAGGAAUACCGGGAGUAUUUAUUAAGCAUCUGAGAGUAGGAAGGAUGGUAGGUAGGUAGGAUGUCUCAACUUAAUUACAACAGGUAAAAUUAAAUACAGGAUCUUAUGCGAUGAUAUUUAUUUAUUAAUUUCAAAUUACAGUGGAUAAGAUUACACUGGUUGACAUUACAGAAAAACAUGGGAAACUAACAGCCUGCAGAGGAUUUUUAUUGCUAUAUGUACAGUAAGCACAAUACAUGCAAGAUGCAGCACUCUUACAGGCGUUAUAAAACAAAUCAAAUUAUAUACUGUUUUAAUUUACAUAUAUAAUUGUUUUUAAACCACACAAAUUGAUUGCCAGUUGUUGUACUAUGUAAAUGUAUUGGUAAAUAUUAGGAUAUUGCAAGCUACUGAUUAAUUUUGGCAUGUCUGCAGUUCAUAGCCACAGUCACUGAUAGUGAUCAGAAUAAAAGGUGAAUCAGUGAUUCAUAAGCAUUGCUUAAUGUAGCUUUAACCCAAACAGUGCCCUUAUUCUAUCAGUGUUAAUGGUGCUCACUUUGAACACUAUCUUGUUAGCAACAUUGUAUGCAAUGCCAACUGGCCUGUGUGUGAAUUAUCAUUGAAUUUUAUUGUCACAGUCACAGGUUUGCAUUCUGACCUCUAUUUAUGGCUGAUACCAGCAAAAUAUUUGUAUUGUUUAACACAGUAUGCCAGCCACUUUCAUUUGAGUUGUACAAUUUUCAUUCACUGAAAAUAAAAGUGAGUUUUUUAAA